AUGGAUCUGAAAGGGAUCUGUGUGCUCUCCGUCAUCCUCGUCGUAGCCCUCAGCACCUUGGCAGAAGCAAAGUUGCCACCGACAAGAUGCCAGUGUAAAACGGCCCCCACUGAGAGGAAGAACUGCGGACAUCCAGGAAUCACAGCAGAAGAGUGCAGGAGAGCUGGAUGCUGUUUCAGUGCUUCAGUCCCUGGCGUUCCCUGGUGCUUCGCUCCAAAAGAAAGGAGAGUCAAGAAAGUAUGUCCUUCUGAGGUUCAUGCCAGAGUAAACUGCGGCUUCCCCGGCAUCACAGCUCAACAGUGUGAAAAGCUGGGCUGCUGCUUUGUGCCACACCCCGCUGGUGUCCCCUGGUGCUUCUACCGCCGCACAGUGCAGGAAGCUUGUUAA